AUGGCAGAUGAGGGGACAUCAACUAAAAGCAAAGGUCGUCAAAAGAUCGAGUCAAAAAAGAUGGAAAAUGAAGCCAGUCUCCAAGUUACCUUCUCAAAACAUCGAAGUAGCCUUUUUAAGAAGGUGAGUGAACUUUGCACUCUUUGUAGACCAGAUGUUGGCCUUACUGUUUUCUCCCCUGGAAAUAGGGCCUUCGGCUAUGGCAAUCCUAAUAUCGAUAUUGUGAUUGAUCGUUUUCUUAGUAUUGAUGUUCGUCCAGCUCGAGAUCCUGACAACGACAAUGAUACUCAACAAAUAAUCAGUAGGAUCACUGAGGCUCAAGACAAGGAGCAGGCAGCAAGGAAGCGAGGUAAAGAGCUCAAACAAAGAAGAAAAGGCUUGAUGAAAGAGCUUUGGCAUACGCGUUCAAUGGACAAAUUCAACCUGGAAGAGCUUGAAGUUUUAGAUGCUGGUAUGAAGGCCUUGUGGAAUGAUGUUGCCGAACUUGCAAAGAAGCUAAAGAAGGAACAAGGUAACUCGAGUUCAGCUGAGGGUUCUCCAAGGGAUGACAGGAUGUUUUACUCAGAUCCAGCAAUGAAGGCCUUGAAUACUCUCCCCAUGCCUAGUAUGCCCAGCAACCCAACUCAUGAAUAUACCCCCAGCAGUACUAAUUCAACUCCUCCCCUGAGUAGCUUCUGUAACCUAGACUCUGGCAAUCCCAAAAUAAUGAUGAUGGAUAACCCGUUGAAUGAUUCAAGCAUGGCGUUAGAUCCUGUUGAUGACUUAAAGGCCAUGCCUAGGGAUCUCUUCAAUAAUUUAGUCAUGAUUGAGUCAGAUGAUCCAAUUGCAGCACUUAAUGCAGGAGAUAAUCCAGACAUAAUGUCUGAUGCCUUCGGGAACCAAAUUGCAACAAUGGAUAUUAAUCUGUCAAAUGAUCCAAAUAUCGGGCCUAAUGAGUUUUUUAAUCCGAGUACUAUGCCUCAUGCACCAAAUGAUCCAAUUAGCACAACAUCCAAUCCUCUAAAUAUGAUACGUAUUGUGCCAGAUGAUUCAAAUCUAAACUCAGUAUUUGAUGGCUUCACUCUAGAGAUGCUGUUUGCGGAUCCAUUGGAUGAUGAGAACUUCAUUGUGGACAAUCCAAAUGAGGUGGCUAACGGUGAUAAUCCGAAAACAAUGCCGCCUCCUCUUGCAGGGAAUGUUCUAGGAAGCGGCCAAGGAAUUUAA